UAACAAAGACAAAACUGUUGAGCGGCUGUCAGUUAGAGAUUGGCAGUUUUCGGGUCAUAAUAUUAUAUUAAAGAUAUAUUACGGUACAAUGAAAAUAGUAUAGGGUGAGGGCAGAAAUCAUCAAGGAGCCUUCUUCACAGCCAGUCAUCCUCCAUCCGUCUGCCCGCUCCAGAGUGACAUCAAUCAUGCAAAGAGUGCGCUCAAGUAAAAACGAAGGGUUUGUACCGAGUGAAACUGUGAUAGACUUGGCUUGUGUUGACCAAGGUGCAAAAGAAAUUUUGAGACUUAUAAAGCCAUUAUGGAAUCUAGAUAAUAUCGGCAUUAAGCAUUUCAGUGAAGGAAUAACCAACAAAUUAUUUGGGUGCUUUCAGAAAGACAAGCCUGAUGAUGUUGUUAUGUUCCGAAUAUUUGGUGAAAAAACAGAACUGAUAAUAGAUAGAAAUGCUGAAAAGGAUACUUUUUUGAAAUUAUCUAAAAUUGGCUGUUCACCACCAUUAUAUUGUGUAUUUAAAAAUGGCAUGGCAUAUGGUUUUGUAAAAGGCAGCCCUUUGCUCCUGAAAUCGGUUCAAGAUGAAAAAAUCUAUAGACAAGUUGCUAAGGAAAUGGUCAAGUUACAUACUAUAGAUGCUCAUACAAAUUUAACAACAAACCAAAAGACAUUUUUAUAUACAAAAACAGAGAAUUUUAUUGAACUUCUACCAGCUUCAUUUGAAAAUCCUGCACAACAAGAGAGAUAUUUAAAGUUCAUUCCAAAGAGAGAUGAGUUAAUAGCUGAGUUAGCAUUAUUGAGAAGUCAUCUUGAUGCUUUAAACUCACCAAUUGUAUUUUGCCAUAAUGAUCUUUUACUAAACAAUAUCAUAUACGACAGUGAAACAGAUAAAAUUGGUUUUAUAGAUUAUGAAUAUGCCUUUAACAAUUUCCAAGCUUAUGAUAUUGGUGAUCAUUUUUGUGAAUUUGCAGGUGUAGAUGAAGUAGAUUAUAACCUUUAUCCAAAGAAAGAAUUCCAGCUGAAAUGGUUACAAGCUUAUUUAGAAUAUUGGUUUGAAGCUACAGAUCGUAAACCUAGUGAUGUUACAGUUACUGAUGUAGAAAGAUUAUAUGUCCAAGUUAAUAAAUGUGCUUUGGCAGCUCAUUUUUUCUGGGGAAUAUGGGGUAUAAUUCAAGCUAAAAACUCAACCAUAGAUUUUGAUUUUCUUGAGUAUGCACAGCUUCGGUUUGGUGAAUAUUUCAAAAGAAAAGAAGAGUUUUUGUCAUUAACUCUACCGGAUAGUCUUUUGUGAUUAGUUUGGUUUUAUUCACAUCAGCCUAGCAUUUUAAUUUUUCUGUUUUAAGUAUGAUAUACUGUACUUGUGUAAUAAUUUGUUGCAAUAUAUGAUCAAUAUUUUUUUAUUCUAAUAAGUGUGUUGAUAUUAUUAAGGGUUUUUUUUGUGUGUAAAAUCAAACUUAUUUCGUUUCAUUUAUUGUUUUGUAAAUGAACGAAUAUUUUAUUUUUUUUGCCCAUGUUACUUGCUUCUGUCGAUUGUCAUUAUGUUGGCUUAAACAUGGAGAUCAAGAAGAUUGGGUUAUUUCUUAUAUUACCAGAGAGAAUUACUUGUCUCAGUCUGGUUGCCAAUAUGGAUUAAUCCUAUAUGCAAUUAAAAAAAGAUAAAUUUUGGAUAUGUACAAUGUAUUUAUAGAUUAUUGAUACUAUAUUUGGCAUAAUUAUUGUCGCCUGUCCAAAUAAUGUGCACUUAUUAGGAUGAUAUCAAACAAGUGCCUUUUUAUGGUAUGUGUACAACCUAUUUACAUUUAUAUGACAUAGAAGUUAGGCAAGCCAAUGUUUUUUUUCGAUAUUGUGGAUAUUUAUAUUGAUAACCCAUUCUUUGUUGUCUUGAAAGCUGAUGGAUGAGUAAGGCUUCUUUUCUCUGGUCAACAUAUGGACACUGUUACACCAUCUUAGUUCUAUAAGAUGUUGGAUACAAUGGUGCAAAAAGAUAAAUUGUUUUGUGUUCCUGUUUAUUUUAUUCCGUUAAUAAUUCUUGCUAUGAUUUUACAGCAAUUAUGAUUUAUAUUGAUAGUUCCUUUUAAAUGGUUGAAUUAUUUCUCUCUUCAUAUUGUAGAUAGAUACUUUUGUUUUUACACGGGUACUGGUACAAAUAUUAAUAUGGAUGAAAUACAUGGAUCUAAUCAAUUUAUUGUUCUUAUAAAUAAAUUUAUGGUUAUCCACUAUAUUCAUAUACAUAACCAUUCUUUUCUGGGAUGUAUUUUAAAUUUUUGAAUUAAAUCAAAUGCAAUACUAAUAACUUUAAAUAAAUUACAUAAUGUUUAACUGUGCACAAUUCAAACACCACAUAUAUUUUCAGGUGUCAUAUUGUAAAUAUACCUGGCAAAAUUUUAAGACUAUUUUCCCUACAAACCCCUGGUUUUAUUAAUUUGGAAAAAUAAAUAAAAAAUAAUGCAAAAAUUACCAUUAGCUCCCUCCCCCCACCCGGCCACCAUCUCAAAAUUCAGAUACUCUGUUUAUGUACACAACAUUUUGUUCAAAAUAAAUGUUCACAUUUGUUAAUAUACUUUGUUAUUAAUGAUUUUGAAUGUUAUUACUGUAUUUGGAGAAUGUACUAACUUUUAUACCAAAUAAAUAUACAAUCAG